AUAUGAAACGAGAAAGACUUUUAUUGUGAAAUGCACCAAACGCGUCGAGAAUGGGCAGCUGUUCAUGGCACUUGCCUGUUGACUUUUACAGUUCGUUGCUUAUAAAUUGACGUUUAAUCCUAGUUUAAGAUGUUUAAAGUGAAAGGUCAAAAGUGUUGUACAGGUGCAGUGUUUACAGAGUUCACCGCAGACGAGUUAAACUUAUUAUUUUGAUGCCAGAUACUGGAAAAAAACUUGUGACCAUGGCAAUGCCCACUAUUAAAUGUGUGGUAGUUGGAGAUGGUGCUGUGGGUAAAACCUGCCUUUUGGUUUCGUAUACAAACAAGUUCCCAUCAGAACCUACAGUGUUUGACAGGCAUUCUGUGACUGUCAGGAUUGGUGCUGAAGUUUAUACCAUUGGAUUAUUUGAUGCUGUAGGUCAGGAUCAAUUACGGCCUUUAAGCUAUCCCCAAACAGACAUCUUCUUAGUUUGUUUCUCAGUAGUUUCCCUCUCCUCAUUUGAAAAUGUGAAAGACAAGUGGGUGCCGGAGAUAAUGUACCACUGCCCGAAAACCCCUUUCUUGCUGGUUGGAACUCAGAUUGACCUAAGAGAUGAUCCUUUAACUGUUGAACAGCUUGCAAAAAACAAACAAAAGCCAAUCAAACCAGAAACAGCAGAAAAACUGGCCCGGGACUUAAAGGCAGUGAAAUAUGUUGAAUGUUCUGCUCUAACACAGAAAGGACUGAAGAAUGUAUUUGAUGAGGCAGUAUUAGCAGCCGUAGAGAACCAAGUGGCCCAGAAGAAACAUAAAUGUGUACUUUCAUGAUGUGGACAGAGCAGCUGUCACACCAAUGAAUCUGGGCAUAAACAACAAAAUCUUUAAAAAGCUUUAGAAUUAUCUCUGAUUCAUUUAAUUACUUUACUGAAUGGUUUUCUUGUAUUACAAGUUUAAAAUGGGAUUAAAUUUUCCUAUUAAUAAUA